AUGGUAUUCCCAGCUGUGUUUACAGGAGCCUCAGACUGGGCUCGAGUGGCCGCCCGGAGCGCUCCUGAGGACACGGUGACCAGCAGCUUUGCCUCGUUCAUCCACGCGGCGCGGCCUGAGCACCUGUCCCAGACCGUGCGGCAGAGGAGCAAGAGGAUGAUCCUGGACAGCAUCGGUGUGGGGCUCGUGGGCAGCACCACGCACGUCUUCGACAUCGCCCUGCGCUACUGCCGGGAGCUGUACUCCUCCAUGGCUGUGAGCUCAGUCUAUGGAAAGCCAGGAGUGAAGCUCUCCCCGACGCUGGCUGCCUUCACCAACGGCGUGGCGACUCAUUCCAUGGAUUUUGAUGACACCUGGCACCCUGCCACUCACCCCUCUGGGGCUGUCCUGCCGGCUCUCUUGGCAGCUUCCCAGAUGCUCCCUCCCAACACCAAACCCAACGGCCUGGAUUUCCUGCUGGCUUUCAACGUGGGCCUGGAAGUGCAAGGGAGGCUCAUGCACUUCUCCACUGAGGCUCACGAUAUUCCCAAAAGGUUUCACCCUCCCUCGGUGGUGGGCACCCUGGGCAGUGCCGCAGCCACGGCCAAGCUGCUGUCCCUCAGCUCAGCCCAGUGCUGCCACGCCCUGGGCAUCGCCGCGUCCCUGGCCGGGGCACCCAUGGCCAACGCUGCCACCCAGGCCAAGCCGCUGCACGUGGGGAAUGCCACCCGCCUGGGCCUGGAAGCCGCUCUGCUGGCAGGCCGAGGCAUGGAGGCCAACCCCUUGAUCCUGGAUGACAUCCCUGGGUGCUCGGGGUUCAGCGCCUUCUACAGUGUCUACCAGCCCAAACCGCUGUCUGCACCUGGCGAGCACCACAAGUUCCUCCUGGAAAAGCAGGACAUUGCCUUCAAGCGAUUCCCAGCCCACCUGGGCAUGCACUGGGUGGUGGAUGCUGCCUUGUCCGUCCGGAACCUCUUCAUCAACUACGCGGGGUCCUUCUCCCCCUCUCUGAUCCGCACCAUAAGGCUGAAGAUCCCGGUGUCCAAGUACAUCAACCGGCCUUUCCCCAGCUCGGAGCACCAGGCGAGGCACUCCUUCCAGUUCAACGCCUGUGCUGCCCUGCUGGACGGCGAGGUGGGCCUGGGCUCCUUCUCUGAGAGCAGCAUCCACCGGCAGGAGCUCAGGGAGCUGCUGGACAAGGUGGUGGUGGAGCACCCUGAGGACAACGUGGCCAACUUUGACAAGAUGUACGGAGAGGUGGCCCUGCUCCUGCACAGUGGGGACGUCCUGACGGGCAAAUGUGACACUUUCUAUGGGCACUGGAGGAAGCCCCUGAGCAAAGAGUCGCUCCUGAAGAAGUUUCGAUCCAACGCCUCCCACGUGCUUCCAGAAGAAAAAAUAGAAGCCAUCAUCACUCUGGUGGACAACCUGGAGAACCUGUCAGACAGCUCCCAGCUGGCCUGCAGCCUGUGA